UUAUCAGUGAACACUGAACCGCACUGAACAGUGGGCUUUAAUAUUCAUUAUCCUUUUUUUAGUGUCCGGUGUCUGCUGUAGCGCAGUCUGCAGACUGCAAAGUUCAGCGAAUAUAAAUAAAUACGCAUGUGAAUAUUAUUCGCACAGAAACGAACAUAUUAAUUGUGCUAAAAUAAGUUUUUACGCUCUAUGUUUUAUACCAAAUGCUUGCCAAUUUCAUAAAAAUGAUAUUGUCGCUUAAAAUAUGUACCAUAAGACGCGAAAUUCACCUUUAAAAAUUCUCAUAAAAAUCUUGUUUUCACGUCACACUCAAACGGGUUUUACGUAAGAUUCAAAUAUUUCUUCUCUGCAUAAAAGUUUAAUCUUAAAACCAACAGUGUAGGUAAUUUGGUUUUCGCCAUGAGUAUCUUUAAUUUAACGUUCGGGGGACUGAUGAAAUUAAAACGUGUAUCACAGAAAGAUAUUACGUCUUGUUAUGUGAUAUGUUUUAAAAAGUUUUCAACUCGAGAACUUCUUAAUGAAGCUUAUUGUCGGACAAAAUUGAAAUGCAGGUCUAAGAAAUUACCUCAAGAUGUUAAUCCUCAAGGAGUAUUUGCUUGUAAUGAACUUGAUCUUUCUGAGGUUAAAGUAUAUGGAUUUGACUAUGAUUAUACCUUGGCCCAUUAUAAACCCAGCAUGGAGCAUUUGCUUUACAAUUUGGGCCGGGAUGUCUUGCUGGAUAAAUACAAGUAUCCAGGUGAAAUAUCAAAACUGGAGUACAAACCAGACUUUGCUGUUCGUGGAUUACAUUAUGAUAUUGAAAAAGGAUUGCUUUUAAAAUUGGAUUCAUUUCUUCAAAUUCAAUUUGGUGCGGUGUACAGAGGUCUGACACCUGUUUCAACUGAAGAAGUAUUACACUUGUACAAAAAUAGGAUUAUACCUAUAGCCUAUGUAGAGGGUGAUACGAGGGUGCACAAAGCAAAUAUGGCAAAAAUGGUUCACUUAGCUGAUUUAUUUUCCGUACCGGAAAUGGGUUUACUUUGCAAUGUUGCGGAGUAUUUUAAUCGAAACCAUAUCGAUUAUCACCCAGAAAUACUAUUUUUGGAUGUAAAGAAUGCAGUACAAAGCUGCCAUCCAGUCAUGCACAAAAUUGUAGCCAAAAAUGUGGAGGAGUACAUUAGACCCAAUUCAGGGAUCAAGAAAUAUUUUCAACUUUUAAAAGAGAAUGGAAAAAAGUUGUUCCUCGUGACGAAUAGUCCCUACCAUUUUGUGAAUGCAGGCAUGGAAACUUUAGUAGGACACGAUUGGCGAGACUAUUUCGACGUUGUUAUUGUGAAUGCGAAUAAACCAAAAUUCUUCACGGAGGUCUCACGUCCUAUAAGAGUUUUUGAUAAAAAUGCCAACACGCACAUUUGGGAAAAAGUAACAUCGCUAGAAAAGGGAAUUAUCUAUUAUGAGGGUACAGUGAAGCAGUUACAAGACCUCACCGGAUGGAGAGGCCACCAGGUGCUGUACUUCGGUGAUCAUCCGUACAGCGACCUUGCUGAUGUUACGUUGGAGCAUGGCUGGCGAACUGGCGCUAUCAUUAAUGAGUUGACGCACGAAAUAAAUACAUUGAACACGCAGUCGUUCAAGGAGAAUGCGAACUGGUUGCAAAUGCUCACACAGCUCAUAGAGGACCACCAGGAUUUCGAGGACCCAGGUGCGAUGGAGGUUAUAGAGAAAUGGAUGACGGAGAGAGAUUAUUUGAGGAAUGCAACUAAGUCUGUGUUCAACCCUCAGUUCGGCAGCGUGUUCCGGACGUAUCACAACCCCACAUACUUCUCGCGCCGACUGUUCCGGUUUGCCGACAUCUACACCUCAAACAUCCGUAACAUUAUGAACUAUUCACUCACGCACACAUUUUACCCACGGCGUGGUGUUAUGCCACACGAAUAUGGCUCAUAUUUCGUGUAAAAAUGUAAGAUAUAACUUAAAAAUGCACUGCACACUUUUUUUGUGUAUGUUACAAGUAGUUUUGUAUAUUUUUACACUGUACAGGUAGGUAUGUAGUUACAAUACAAUUAGUUGUUCCGAUGUAGUGUUUUAAACUUCUUUAUAUAUAAUUGUAUUAUUUUAUAUCGAUUAUUAAUCAAUUACUAUUGUAAUCUGAGUAUAUUUCGUAAAUCAAUCAAUAAUUGUUAAGCAGUUUCAUCUAAACAAUGUCAAUUAUUUAAAUGUACCGACGACAACGAAUUAUACAGUAAUAAGACAAAUACAAUAAUUUUAAAUAUAUCGUCUAAUGGCCGCUUUCAACUCCAGAUCUCUAGUUUAUGAUUAAUUAUUUAAAAUUUAGACUUUGUCAUCUGUCAAUCGAUCCUAAUUCUGCAUUUCAAUUUAUCAAUUUUAAUUUCCGAAUCAAUAAUGUCUCAUUAAUAAACGCAAUAUAAAGUUACUCCAAGUUUAAAAUUACUUCUCCCUGUCAUGUUAUUCUGUAGUGACAAAGUUAAAAUGAAGACCAAAGGUUUUAAAUUUGGAAUGACUUAACUUCGCAUUUAUUAAUAACACAGUUAUAGUAUAGAAAUCGCUCAUCUGUCACAUUCGUACAAAUAUCAAGCUAAAUCACAAAUACUUCAUCCCAUAUAUGGAUUGUUCCAUAGACUAUUUAUUGAAAUGCCAGAAGCAGGGGAAUAGUUUAGAAAUCGGCCAUUAGUAAUGUAAUAAUUAAUAUCGGAAUCAUCAUAUCGCUGACUGAAGGUUUUAAUUAUAAUUCUGCCGUUCCUUAAAACUUGCCAGUAAUAUGUAAAAUCAUUAACCUCUAGUCACAUUGAGUGUGUAGAUACAAUAUCAAAACAGAACUAGUGUUGCCUUAUAUUAGAGAUACGCUAUGAAUGUGCCAUUGUCAUUAGAGAAAAUAUGGAUAGCUGGGAGGCUCCUUUGUACAGGAUGCCUGCUAGAUUAUGUACCACAGCGGCGCCUAUUGCUGUCGUGAAGCAGUAAUGUGUAAGCAUUAUUGUGUUUCGAUCUGAAAGGCGCCGUAGUUAGUGAAAUUACUGAGCAAAUGAGACUUAACAUCUUACGGCUCAAGGUGACGAGCGCAAUUAUUGUAGUGCCGCUCAGAAUAUUUUGGGUUUUUCAAGAAUCCUGAGCGGCACUGCAUUGUUAUGGGCAGAGCGUAUCAAUUACCAUCAGCUGAACGUCCGGCUCGUCUCGUCCCUUAUUUUCAAUAAAAGAAGCUAGGAAAAUAAUGAGUAUAUUAUAAACUAUAAGUUAUAAUUCAUUCUAUGUAUCAGUAAGGACAGUAAUUUCGGUCUAAACUGGGGUUCGGUAAAUUCUGGGUAUUUUCUUUAAUGGCAUACCGUAGUGUUUGUGUAAAUAAUUGUAGUUAAUAAGCAAAAUAUCUGCCAAUAUUCUAGUCAGUUUAACUAAAUUAACAACUUAGUAAUUGAAAUAAUCUUGUAUAUAUGUAGGAUAUUUAAUAUUAAUGAAGUCAACACAAGUUAUGUAGUACCGUGGAGCGUCUGAAAUAUUUUACCUAUCUGGUCUGUAGUUUCAUUUCAAUAUACAGGGUGUAACCAGACAACCUCCGAAUGAGGGUUGAGGAGAGCUCCCUAUACCUGGAUCAUAGCUAUUGGCAUAUUAGCAAGAAGGUUCUCUAGUUAAAAUAAAAAAAAGUUCAAAGUGUAUUGUAAACUUUUCUAGCCAGCAUUGUAAUGCUAAAUACAGUUCCUACGAAAUAAGGGUCAAUGCCACUUGUGCAACGUUUCUAAUGCUGUGAGCUGUUGGAGCGAAAUAAAUUCCUGUUUUUUGUUUUUUUAUAACUCUAGGGACUGUCGUCAUCAUCAUCAUCAGCCGGAAGACAUCCAAUGCUGGACAAAGGCCUCCCCCACAGAUUUACACGACGAUCAAUCCUGCGCUGCCCUCAUCCAACGUAUUCGGGCGAUCUUGACCAGAUCGUCGGUCCAUCUUGUGGGGUGCCUACCAACACUACGUCUCCCGGUACAUUGUCGCCAUUCGAGGACUUUUCUGCCGCAACGGCCAUCUGUCCGUCGAACUAUGUGCCCUGCCCACUGCCACUUCAGUUUCGCAAUCAUUUGGGCUAUGUCGGUGACUUUGAUUAUAAAUAGUUACUAGGGACUAUAAAUAGAGAUAAUUAGACAGCAGUCCUAAGUGCAAAAGCUGUCUAGCCAAGAACAAAACGGUCUCUCACGUAAUCCUGCAAUGUGCGGGGGUGGCCAGCCAACGGGCAAAAACCUUAAUGAAUACGAGGUCGCUCCAAGAAGUCUGCGAACACCCCAGGAGUUUUCUGAACUUUUGAAAAGAGCUGGGCUGGUUGGAGUAACUGGCCAAUACUUAACGCAAAUCUUAGUGGUUUAAUUGCGGAAAUAGGCGCACCUAUACCAUACCAUAGAUAGCUAUGUUCAUAAACGGACUGCAUUGCAUUUUUAUUGCAUAAAAAUUUAAAAUAAUCUGCAUCACAUAAUUUUUUAUUUUGGAAAUUUUCAGUGCCAAUAUAUUCAGAAUCGUGGUCAAAUUGCAACUCCCCACUUUUAGGACUUAGUUGUUUUACACCCUGUAUAUCAGUGUUUUAUGAUGGACCAGUAAGAGUGCUUUUGUUAAAUCUCGUGGUAGGCGUAUUAAUAAGCAAGUUUGUAUUAUUCUAGAAUGCUGAAACAGUGGUUAUUUUCUGUAUUAAUCGAACCCAUUUCGACCAAGAUGAAUGAAAGACCAUUAGAAACAAUGAUGGUUAUUAAGUCAUUCAAAUACAGUUUCCAGUCCUAGUCAAGCCUGACCGAGUCAAGUCCAAGGUCUAAACAGCUAUAUAAAAAUUUGCUUAAAAUUACCAAAUCUCUUUAUUGAUAUUCUAUAUACGUUAGUUUAGUCUAUUGGUUAUUUUUAUGUCAUAGCUUCUUCCAUUUGACCGCAUACAACGAAGAGCGGCUCGAAUCAUCGACGAUCAAGUCAUCUCCGAUCGGCUUGAUUCUCUAGCAUUGCGUAGAGAUGUGGGUUCUCUCUGCAUCUUCUACCGCAUUUAUCACGGGAAGUGCUCAGAGGAGCUGUUCGGGUUAAUUCCAGCGGCCUAAUUCCACCAUCGGACAUUACGUGCAAAGUACCAUCCGCAUCACGUAGACGUCUGGCAUUCCACAACCGCGCGUUUUGUUCGAAAUUCCUUGCCUCGCACAGCCACUCUUUGGAAUCAACUACUUAUCGAACAGAUACGACUUAGGGACCUUAAAGAAAAAAGCAUACUCCCACCUUAAAGGCUGGCAACGCAUUUCUUGACACACCUGUUGUUGCGGAUGUCCAUGGGCGGUUGCCUCACCUCUCCUCAUCCCGUGAGCCUCUUGCCCGUUUGCCCCCUCUCAUAUAAAAAUAAAUGACAGAUAUUAAUAGAUCUUGGACAGUGUAAUGUGUCACAUUCUGAAUAAUUUCUUGUUAAUAACACAAUUUUGUAUAAUUACGGAAUUAAUUCAUAUGGAUAUUACUGGGUCCAUAAGUUGUACGUUCACAUAACUAAAACAUUGCAAAAAUAUAGAAAAAUAUGAAAUCCGAAACCUCUCCGCUAUGCUCGCGUCUCGCCUCACUUGACGUGUUUUAAUUUUCAAACUAUUCGUUAAAGGCUCAUUAUAGUUUGGAAAAAAUAUAAUUUUUUAAGAUUAUACUAUACAUUUACAAGUCCAGGUUUGAUAUAUUAAUUUAUAUAUUACAUUGUUUUAAUCUAUUCUACAUAUACCCUUUUUGUAUUUAUACAAUGUAAUGAAAUGUUUACACAUAGUGUUGUAGAUACACAUAUAUUUUUUCGAUGAUUAAAUAUUAUAGAAACAAUCAUGUCGUUCAAUUCUCAACAAUUAGGUUUUGUAUUGAUAAGAGGAAAUUGGUUCCCAUUCUAUUGCAAUAAGUUUUUACAGAGACGAUAAGCACUCUGUUAAUUUCUCUUAUGUGACAAGACUUCAAGUUAUAUCAAGAGUGGGUAAAGACCCAUUUACCGUUUUUAUUUGUAACUAGCUGACCCGACAGACGUUGUUCUGUAUAUAAUAAAUAAAAUAAUGUUUUUUAUGACAUAAUGAAAUUUUUUCACAGCAGAACUGUCAAACCGUGCGUCAAUAAAUUCUCUCAUAGAAAAUAUAUUCAUACAAAACAAAUAUUGGAAAUAAAAAUUAUUGUUUGAACGAAAAAAUGACGUUUAAAGUAGGUCAAAAUCGCGCCCAAAUGAGUCGGUUACAAAAAAUGUACAUACAGGUGAACCUAAUAAAAAGCGUGUAAAAAUUUGCACAAAACUUGAAUACAUAAUUUUAUAGUUGGUUGUCAAAUGUCAAAUAUUAUAGUUGCGAAAUUUUAUUUGUGACAAAACUUAAGAUUUAUCAAUCUACAUAAAAAUAAUCUGAUAGAUUUAAUCUACCAACUAUAGUUAGCUAAAAUUAAGUUUAAGUUUAGAGACAGUUGAAAGAAAAUUAAAAAUUCUUUCAAUUUGAUUUCUGAACGACGGGGGACACAUCAAAGGAAAAACAAAUUUGUUGUUUUUAUUUAAUUCAGAGCAUUUUCCUAUUUAUUUAGUAUGAAUUCUGUUCCAAGUUUAAAGUCAAAUAAAUAUUCUUUAUUCAAAUAGUCUUAAACUAAGCGCUUCUGAAUAGUCACUAUAAAUAUUUCUUAAACUUAAACUACGUGUUAAAUUUUGGCACAAUUUCAAUGAAGAAACAUGACAAAGGAAAGAUCGUUGUUUCUCUUAUGCCGGAUACAGAUAUUACGAACGAAUGCGAAAGAAUCCUAUGAAACGAAAGAGAAAGAGUGUGUGUGGGUGUAGCCAGUGAAAGAAAUGGAAGAACUAUCACUGGUUUUCGUUCGCUGUAUGUAGAAAUGGCCUUAAUGAUGUAUGCACGUACCCCCUUAUUCAUAAUAGUCUGCUAACAUAAAGCAUUGCUAAUUCGCGAUCUCUCUUCUCGCUAUUGACCUAAGUCAGAAUGAGAAAAACACUCCUUAGUGGCUGUUUAAAGUUAGCGGAUCAUUAUGAAUAAGGGGGGUAGUAUAUAAACCAUAGAUAUAGAAUACCACCUGAAGAAGCCAGAAGUAAACUGUAAUCUAUGUCAGUUAAUUAUAAGUAAUGUAUGUUUUUCUUUAUAAGCGACGUCUAUUAAUAGCUUAUAAGCAGUGUAUGUUUUUUACUUAUAAGUAAACUAGCUGUCCCGACAGACGUUGUUCUGUACAUAAUAAAUAAAAUACUGUUUUUUAUCAAUUUAUCAAUAAUAUUUCAUAACAUCAAGAAUUAAUUCGUAAAAUAUGCUCCCUGUUAUAAUGAAAUUGUUUCACAGCAGAACUGUCUAACCGUGCGUCAUUAAAUUCUCUCAUAGUAAAUACGUGCGUACAAAACAAAUAUUCGAAAUAAAAAUAAUUAUGGGUCCCAAAACGAUAAUAUAAGAUAAAACGAAAAUAAAAACUAUCUUAUCUCUCAAGUUGGACUAAACUGCACUCCAUGAAGUAAUUCCCAUUAAAAUCCGUUCAUUAGUUUAUAUAUAUUAAGAUGUAUGUAAGCUACUUAUAAGUAAUUUUUGUUAGUCACUUAUAGUCGGAGUAAAUAUUAUAUUUUACUCUCAAGAAGCUCAAAUUGUAUCCACCUAUAUACUCAGCUACACAGAUGUGUUCAAUGUAUCGUUCCUUGUAAAUGUUAGUCUUAAAGUUGUUUGUUAUCUUCUCUCACUGUUACAGAUAGAUAUAGUAUGAACUGUGUGCCCUUUCGUGAUAACAUAUGAUCGUGCCAUCAAGUAAGACAAUAAAUAUUAUUGAGAAUUAACAA